GGAAAACCCUUCAAAUUGCUGAAUCAACUAAUAUUGAUCAAACUAAUAAUUUUUAUAAAUAUAAAUAUCAAAAUAACAAUUUAAACAAUAAUCAUUCAAAUUACAUUUCAAGCGUUGGAAGCCUAACCUAUUCUUCUCAUGAAUCCUCAUUAAUAAACAGCACUACUAACAAUUUAAAUCAUUCAAAUCACUCAAAUAACAAUAACAAUAGCAAUAGCAAUAGCAAUAGCAAUAAUAAUAAAAGACUGGGAUUAAAUAACCCUGCAAGAAUGUACUUGUUAAGUUCAAAAUCUAGUUCAAGGUCUGGAGGUUCAAUUACUCCGACAAGCAAUGAAAGUAAUAUAAACAACAUUAACAAUAUAAAUAUAAAUAAUGAUAAUAUCUUCAACUCUCAUAGAAAUGCUUUAAGCAAAAGAUCUUCAACAAUUCAAGUAGCCUCCAGAUUAUCUGCUCAUAUGAAAAUCGGUAAUCGGGCUGGUUCUUCUCAAAUUCUUAAUCGAAAUACAACUUAUAAAAACAAUUAUGAUAAUAAUAAUAAUAACAGUAAUAUUGCUAAAAAUAAAACUAAAGGAAAUAAAGCUAAUUCUUCAUUAUUCAGCAAAAGAUCGAGCAAUAAGAGAAUGUUAUCGAGAUUGUCAUAAAAACAUGAUCAAAAAAAAUAAAAAAGUAUAACUAAAUUCAAUUUUAAAAAUAAAAAUUUUUCCUGUUUCUUAAUAAAGCUCACCAGAGUAUAAUCAGAUAGUCAUUUCCUCAUGUUUAUUCUUAUAUCCUAAUAUAUUUCCAAUUCUCAUUCUAAUUUUGAAUUUUUAUUUAUUAAUAAUAUUUAUUAAAAAUAUUUAAAAUUUCUCUUUAGCCAUUGCUAGACUGAAUAUGGAUUUUAAAAUAAUAAAAAAAAAAAUCACACGUCAAAAUCAAACAAAAAAAAUUUAAAAGAACAGCGGAUAUAACUAUUGAAAUUUAGAUUAGAUUAAAAUAGCUUUUGAUAUUUUAAAUCAACUUGUAUUAAAUUAAAUUAUGAUGAAUAGAAUUACUCUUCAGCCUUUCUUCUUUCGGCUUGAGCAGCAUACCAUGCUUCUCUUGUUUCAACUGCGUUUUGGUGGAAACCCCACCACCAAUAAGAAGCACCGGC